GAACACUUUCUGGAUCCCCAUCAACCUGCCCGGACACCAUUUCUGUUACACCGUCUGUUUCCUGUCGGAAGCAUGAAGUAGCUACCAACAGACAACAGGCUGCUGGAGAUUUUGUAUUUCUUUUUGUAAUAAAUCUAACUCAAAGUGGAUUUAUCUUCAGUCAAGAUGUCCCGGGGCUCUAUCGAGAUCCCUUUACGGGACACCGAUGAGGUUAUCGAGCUUGACUUUGACCAGCUGCCAGAAGGAGAUGAGGUCAUCAGUAUCCUGAAGCAGGAGCAUACACAGCUGCACAUAUGGAUUGCUUUGGCUUUGGAGUACUACAAGCAGGGCAAAACAGAGGAUUUUGUCAAGCUUUUAGAGGCAGCUCGUAUUGAUGGAAACCUUGACUACAGAGACCAUGAGAAGGACCAGAUGACCUGUCUGGACACGUUAGCAGCUUACUAUGUCCAGCAAGCGCGUAAAGAGAAAAACAAAGAUGCCAAGAAAGAGCUCAUCACGCAGGCCACGCUGCUCUACACGAUGGCAGACAAGAUCAUCAUGUAUGAUCAGAACCAUUUGUUGGGACGAGCCUGUUUCUGUCUGCUGGAAGGAGACAAGAUGGACCAGGCCGAUGCUCAGUUCCACUUCGUCCUCAAUCAGUCCACCAACAACAUCCCUGCUUUGCUUGGUAAGGCCUGCAUCUCCUUCAAUAAAAAGGAUUACAGAGGAGCACUGGCAUACUACAAAAAGGCUCUACGUACAAACCCCGGCUGCCCAGCUGAGGUACGGCUGGGGAUGGGCCACUGUUUUGUCAAGCUCAGCAAACUGGAGAAGGCUCGUUUGGCGUUUGGUCGAGCCCUGGAGCUUAAUUCAAAAUGCGUGGGAGCUCUUGUUGGUUUGGCAGUUUUAGAGCUCAACAGCAAGGAGGCAGAUUCCAUCAAGAAUGGAGUGCAGCUCCUAUCGCGGGCCUACACCAUCGACCCCAGCAACCCCAUGGUGCUCAACCACCUCGCCAACCACUUUUUCUUCAAAAAGGAUUACAGUAAAGUGCAGCAUCUGGCUCUCCACGCUUUCCAUAACACAGAGGUCGAGGCCAUGCAGGCUGAGAGCUGCUACCAAUUAGCUCGCUCGUUUCACGUGCAGGAGGACUAUGACCAAGCGUUUCAGUAUUACUACCAGGCCACUCAGUUUGCCUCGUCCACUUUCGUGUUGCCCUUCUUUGGCCUAGGGCAGAUGUAUGUGUAUCGACGAGACAAGGAAAAUGCGGCGCAGUGCUUCGAAAAGGUUUUAAAGGCCUAUCCCAACAACUACGAGACUAUGAAAAUUCUGGGGUCUCUCUAUGCAACAUCUGACGACCAGGAAAAGAGAGACAUCGCCAAAGGUCAUUUGAAGAAGGUGACGGAGCAGUACCCAGAUGAUGUGGAGGCGUGGAUCGAGCUGGCUCAGAUCCUGGAGCAGACCGACAUUCAAGGAGCGCUGUCUGCAUACGGCACAGCCACCCGCAUCCUGCAGGAGAAGGUGCAGGCCGACGUUCCCCCCGAGAUCCUCAACAACCUCGGGGCUCUUCACUUCAGACUGGGCAACCUUGGAGAGGCCAAGAAAUACUUUCUCGCAUCACUUGAACGGGCCAAAGCUGAAGGAGAGCAUGACGAGCAUUACUACAACGCCAUUUCUGUCACCACCUCCUACAAUCUGGCCCGUCUGUACGAGGCAAUGUGUGAAUUCCACGAAGCUGAGAAACUCUACAAAAACAUCCUGAGAGAGCAUCCUAACUACGUGGACUGUUAUUUGCGUCUCGGAGCGAUGGCUCGCGACAAAGGAAAUUUCUACGAAGCCUCUGAUUGGUUCAAAGAGGCCCUGCAGAUUAAUCAGGAUCACCCGGACGCCUGGUCCCUGAUAGGGAACCUUCACUUGGCCAAACAGGAGUGGGGACCGGGUCAGAAGAAGUUUGAGCGUAUUCUGAAGCAGCCGUCCACACAGAACGACACCUACUCCAUGCUGGCUCUGGGUAACGUGUGGCUGCAGACUCUGCACCAGCCCACCAGAGACCGGGAAAAGGAAAAGAGACACCAGGACCGAGCCCUGGCGAUAUACAAACAAGUCCUGCGAAAUGACUCCAAGAACCUCUACGCUGCCAAUGGCAUCGGUGCCGUCCUGGCCCAUAAGGGCUUCUUCAGAGAGGCUCGUGACGUGUUUGCGCAGGUGAGGGAGGCCACAGCAGAUAUCAGUGACGUCUGGCUAAAUCUGGCUCACAUCUAUGUCGAACAGAAGCAGUACAUCAGCGCUGUGCAGAUGUACGAGAACUGCCUGAAGAAAUUUUACAAAUAUCAGAACACAGAGGUGCUGCUGUACCUCGCGAGGGCGCUCUUCAAAUGUGGGAAACUCCAAGAGUGCAAGCAGAUGCUGCUGAAGGCCCGUCACGUGGCGCCCAGCGACACGGUGCUGAUGUUCAAUGUGGCCCUGGUGCUUCAGAGACUGGCCACUCUUGUGCUGAAAGAUGAGAAGAGCAACUUGAAGGAUGUGCUCAGUGCUGUCAAAGAGCUUGAACUGGCUCACAGGUAUUUCAGCUACCUCAGCAAGGCCGGAGAUAAGAUGAGGUUUGACCUCGCUCUUGCUGCUUCUGAGGCCAGGCAGUGCUCUGACCUGCUGAGUCAGGCUCAGUAUCAUGUGGCGAGAGCCAGAAAGCAGGAUGAGGAGGAGAAGGAGCUUCGGGCCAAACAAGAACUGGAGAGAGACACGCUGCGUCAACAGAUGAUAAAAGAAAAGACAGAAAAGCGGAACAAACAGGUGGAGGAACAGAAGAAGCUCCUGGAGCAGAGAGCUUUGUACGUGGAGAAGACCAAGAACCUGCUCACCUUCUCAGAGGGAUCAAAGGAAAUGGGCAAAGAAAAGAAGAAGGGCGGUGGACGUCGCAAGAAGGGCGACAUAGAUGAGUUUGUCAACGAUGACUCUGACGAGGACCUGCCAAUGAGGAAGAGGAAAAAGAGGAAGGGCGGCAGUGGCAGCGAGCAGGAAGAUGGCGAGGACGGAGAGAAGAAGUCACGCAGGAAGAGGAGGAAACCUGCUCGAGGAGGAGAUGACAGUGAUGACGAGGAAGGAGCAUCACGAUCCAAGAAGCAGCGUAAAUCCAAAGAAAGCAAGAAGUUUUCCCAACCUGAGCGUCUGCCACCGUCUCUCAAAGGAAAGAUCAAGUCUAAGGCUAUCAUCUCCUCUUCUGAUUCCUCUUCAGAUGAGGAUGGCCUAAAAAUAGCUGAAGACAGACAACAAAAAGACAGUGGUUCAGGAUCUGAUGACGAGAGCGGCCACAGGAAGCGCAUUGCGUCUGACAGCGAGUCGGAUGGAGGUAAGAACCGCUCUGGCAGUGAGGUUGGCAGCCCUCGGCGCUCUGCCGGCUCUGCAGAUGACUCUGGCAGCGACCGUCCAGUCAAGAAGAGGAGGGUGCAGCGGCAGUCCGACUCGGAGCAGUCAGACAACGAGAGCAAGAGGAGUCGGUCAGGAUCCGAUGAUGGGUCCCGGCCUGGUUCGCCCGCCGCAGCGUCUAACCAAGGGUCAGACAGGGGAUCUGAAGCAGGAUCAGACAACGAGGGCUCACCGCGCCGCUCUGACAACGAGGGUUCCCCGCGCCGCUCUGACAACGAGGGUUCCCCGCGCCGCUCUGACAAUGAGGGCUCCCCGCGCCGCUCUGACAACGGCUCUGAACGUGAAGCCUCUAACAACGAUGACAGCGAUUAAAUCAUCACAGACUUGUCCCAUGUAAUGCUGAGAAAACUCUCCACAUCUGCAUUUUUAUUUUCUAUUAAAAGCAGGGAUUUCUGUCUGUAUGAUAUCUGGGAAAUUAGCCUAGAAAAGUAUAUUUUGUUUUUGUUGGCAGAACCUUCUGGUGUAUUCCUCGCAUCUUACUGGACAUGUCUUUUCACAGAUGCCGUGUUUUGUUAAAGACAGAUCAAAUGUUUUGAAGUGAACUAAAAGGUGUAAACGUCUAUUUUCUAUCACAGAUGGUCAGACGAGACACUGACCCAAAAAUGGGAAGAUGCUUCAACAAAAUGUCAAAUAAAAAGAGAAAACUAAGAA